AAAACUGAAACAGAAAGUAGAUUUAAAGUAAUUAACAUAAUAUGUCUUUAGAGACAGAAAAAUAAACAGCAAAUACAAUCACAUUUCAACAACAAAUUAAUUUCAAGAAUGUCUCAAGAUCCUGAUUAUUACCGAACAGUAUCACUGAAACUGUCAGAGGUGCUCAGUGAUAUUGGUGUCAAUAAGAGAAUGAUUCUGAAGAGGAGGAGGAUAAUCUUUUUGAAGGAAACUAUGGACAGAUGUACAGACAUAUUGCUGCACAAGGACAUUCCCAUCUAUCGUUUUGGUAGCCAGUCUGAAGGGUCUACAACAUUAGGACUCAAGUCAGAUGCUGAUGCACUUAUAUGCCUCACUAUGUUUAAUGUGAUACAGGACAGGAGUGAGUGGCAACCUGGCAAGCUCAAUCUACUGAUGAUCCAGGAUGAAACCACAUCACCAGGUUACUGUCUACUACAACGUCUGAGGAUGGAUGAGCCUCUUCCUGUUCCUACUGAUUCAUUAGAUCAUGUACCAGACAGACAUCUUACAGCUAGCAGAGGUAAAGUGUUGCUGAAGAAUACAUUAAAUAGAGUUUUUGUUUCAGAAGGAGAUGUAAUAAAUGGUCCUGCUUCAUCAGCACAAGGAAGGUCUGGUUAUACUGAUAAAGAUCUUGUUAUAGCACUCUGCUGUAAAUCAUGGCCUGUAGAAGCCCAACCAUGGUUAUUACAACAAGGUCUAGGAAGAUGGCCUACAGAAGACAUGAAGAGAUAUUGUGAAACUACAGGAUGUUUUGUUGUACCAGUGAGCAGUAAGAAUGGCCAGAAUGAGGAACUUGAAUGGAGAAUAUCUACUUCCCAGGCUGAAAGAUGUCUCAUGUUGAAUUUAAACAUCACACAAUUAAGAUGUUACAUUCUGAUGAAGAUGAUUCUUAAAACAUUUAUAAAUCCUCAGUGUGAUGGUGUACUUUCAAGUUUCAUGUGUAAAACUGUUUUAUUUCAUUGUAUACAAAAUACACGUUCAAAUCAUUGGCGGCAGUCUAACUUACUCCCAUGUUUGAUAUGCUGUCUUACAGUAUUGCAGAAUUUUGUUACACAAGAAAACUGUCCACAUUUUAUAACACCUGAAAACAACCUGAUGGCUGGAAGAAUUUCUCCUCAUAACAAACAUAAAAUUCUAGAAAUCCUGCAAAAUAUCUUACAAGGUGGAGAUUGUGCACUCCAGGAGAUUCCCACUGAUGACCUUGGCAUGAGACUACAAGUGAAGAUGAACAUGGAUGAAGCUUUUCUGUAUUACCAAACUCGAGCCCAAAUACAUAACACAAUUUCAACACUACUGUUACUUAAUACCAUCAGUACAAUAUGCGUUCAUCACAAGCACCUUUUAAGAGAAAUAAUGCAUGAUGGAAAUGAGAGGGUGCGUGAGAGAUUAUCAGACUUUAUAUUUACACUUACUAGAAUGUACAGAGUAGUGGGUUUAAGCAGUUUGGUAAAAUCUGCUCUGAAGCUUUUACUACCUCGGUUUUCAUCUUCCCUAGGAUCUGUGAUAGCAUCUCACAACAUUUACACUACUCACAGUAUAUCUCCAGAAGCACUGGGCUGGUUUUCAGCUGGUUUGAACUUAGAUGUGGCAUCUGGUAGAUUGAAACUUGCAUCAGCAUUAUACUGUGUAGGAGAUAUGGAAAGAGCAGAGUUUGUUCUGAGGAAUACAGAAGAAAAGUAUGAUCUGAAUACUGUUGAACCUGCAUGUAACUGUUAUUAUGAGCAUCCCGUGUAUUACUCAAGGCUAGGAUUCAUGCAUAAAUGUAACACUGGAAAUGAAGAAUUGAUACAACAUACUACAGCAUUUUGUGUUACAUUUCUGCGGUGUGAAAUUGGCUGUGUUCCUAAAGAGUUACAGUAUGAAAUGUUUAGAUCUACACAAGAGGACAGGCUUGAAAGGAUAGAAAUGGCUGACUACUGGCUGGACUGGGCAGUGGUAGAUUCUCUCCCUUACCUCUACUUUCUACAGUACAAGACAUACGGCUCAUUUCAGAGAGUGGCAGACCAACACUGUGCACUUGCAAACCUCGUCACUACCAUUGAAACAGAAUCAAACCUAGGUCACAGGGAAACAGCACUGAACUUACUAGGACAGUGUAUGGAGCAGGAAAACAGACAUACUGAUGCUUUACACUGCUACAUGAAAUCUCUGAAUAUCCAAGCAAGAAACAAUGCUGCAAAAGUUCUUAUCUGUAGACUUCUCAAUGAAAUAGUCAACAUGCAGGGACCUGCACUGAACUGAACCAGGUAUUGCAUGCAACACGCUUAUCUGCAUAAAGAUACAGUAUGUUGCUAUAAGAACACUCUAUAAAAUUAUCUGUUAUUCAUAUAGUCAAGUACUAUACAAGCAUCGUAAAGGACUUAAUGUCUAAGGUAGUUCUGCAUGCUCUGACUGAAAUUUUUUCUACAAUGUAGAAUUUGAUUAAACUCUGAUUUUUCAAAACUUUAGAAUAUAUUUAAGAAUUUCAGCAAAUAAAAACAAGAGCUGUCACAGGAGACAGCGCGCUCGACUAUUUCGAUGCUAGAUAGUGAAACUGGGCAUAUCUGAGGAAACUAGAGCUGUCACUAGAGUGUUUAAUGACUCCAAUUGUUGAUGAAGAUAUUGCACAAUAGCCUGAGUCUAUGUCAAAAAUAUCAACUUAGUAAUAAGAGAGGUAAAGAUAAAAUGUAUCAAAACACUAUAUAAGUAUAUCCUAAGCAAAAAGGGGCAUAAUUCAUUAAAUAUUGGUGCCAGAGUUAUACAUCUUGUGUCAUAUGGUGUGGGUGAUGAUGCUGAAGAACUAUUUUAAGUUUGAAUCAAAUCUAUUCAGUAAUAACAGAGACAGAGUGAAAAUGCAUCAAAACUUUAACCUGAAAUUCUAAGUAGAAAGGGGAAUUAAUUAAUGAAAAUUGGUGCCAGAGUUAUGCACCUUGUGUCAUAUGGUGUGGGUGAUGAUGCUGAACAACUACUUUAAGUUUGAAUCAAAUCCAUUCAGUAAUAACAGAGACAGAGUGAAAGUGCAUCAAAACUUCAACCUAAAAUUCUAAGUAAAAAGGGGAAAUAAUUCAUGAAAAAUUGGUCCCAGAGUUAUGCACCUUGUGUCAUAUGAUAAGGGUAAUGAUGUUGUACAAUUGUUUAAGUCUGAAUCAAAUCCAUUCAUAACAACUGAGAUAGAGUGUAAGUGCAUAAAACUUUAACCUGAAAUUCUAAGUAAAAAGGGUAAUAAUUCAUGAAAAUUUGUGCCAGAGUUAUGCAUCUUGUGUCAUAUGAUGUGGCUGAUGAUGCUGAACAACUAUUUUAAGUUUGAAUCAAAUCCAUUCAGUAAUAACAGAGGUAGAGUGAAAGUGCACCAAAACUUUAACCUGAAAUUCUAAGUAAAACGGGGGAAUAAUUCAUGAAAAAAUGGUGCCAGAGUUAUGAUGUGGAUGAUGAUGUUGAACAACUAUUUCAAGUUUGAAUAAAAUCCAUUCAGUAAUAACAGAGAUAGAGUGAAAGUGCAUCAAAACUUUAACCUGAAAAUCUAAGUGAUGUGGGAGGGGGGGUGGUAAUUCAUGAAAUAUUGGUGCCAGAGUUAUGGCCCUUAUGUCAGAUGAUGUGGAUGAUGAUGAGGAAUAAGUAUAUUAAGUUUAAAUCAAAUCCAUCAAGUAAUUACAGAGAUAAGUUGAAAAAAGAGAAAGUGUAUAAAGACUUAAACCAAGGUGGAGACGCGGAAAGAUGUCGACGCCGGGGCAAGUAGGAUAGCUCUCCUUAUACUUCGUAUAGUCGAGCUAAAAAUGGGAUCAUGUGCUUGAUCUUUUGCUAGACUGAUUUGAAAAACUGUGACCUCAUGCAAUUUUUCUUAAUGGAAGUCUAUUGGAAAAUCACAACUUUCAUAACAUUUUCCCUGAAUAGAAAUUUUUCUACAAUGUAGAUUUUAAUGAAACUUCUCACAGUUGUAAAUAAACACAUGGCCUAAAAAGUGGUGAAAUAAAAUGUAUAGGUCCUUGUGCUUAUUUUAGUGAUAUCUGACCAUGACUAAAGUGAACCGCACAUUUCAUGCAAAUUUUAAGACAUUAUUUUGGUUUAUACAUAACUUAAUUUAGGUCGAUUGUGAAGGAAUAUUAUUCACUCUCAACACCUCAUUCCUGAUGGAAUCCAUCUCCAUGAGGGUAUGAGAGAAGAGGUCAGUUUCCCUUUUAAUGCUGAGCCCCAAGUAAGGAAGCUACUGGUACCAUUUUUCACAUCUUUGGUAUGACGUGGCGGGAAAUCAAACACAAGACCUCCCGCACUUGAAGCAGACGCUCUUCCACUAAGCUACUGAGGCAUUGAUGAAUUAUUUAACGUGUCAGUGUGUGUGUGUGUGUGUUUGGGUUUAACGUCUUUUUCAACAAUUUUUCAGUCUUUAACGUGUCAGAUGUUUUAAUAUCCUAUUCUAACUUUAUAAAGAUAGUAACAGUGCCAUUGUAAUCAAUUUACUCACAGGUUGCCAUUAAUCAAUAACAUGAAAUUGUUGACGCACGGACGGACGCACGAGACGCACGGAUGCACAGACGACGGACGAAGGGUGAUCACAAAAGCUCACCUUGUCACUAUGUGACAGGUCAGCUAAAAAUUGAGCUGCACCAUAAGAAAACCAACAUAAUGCAUUUGCGACCAGCAUCCAUGCAGUCUGGUCAGGAUCCAUACUGUUCGCUAAUGGUUUCUCUAAUUGAAAUAGGGUUUGAAAGCAAACGGUAUGGAUCCUUACCAAACUGCACGAAUGUGCAGAUUGGUAUGGAUCCAAGCUAUUCAAAUGCACUAUGUUGAUCUUCUCAUGGUGCGGCUCAUUAAUGAUUUUCAUUUUGGUAUGCCGAAUCCAGCCUUUAUUCUACGUUCUCCAGACAAAUGACAUUACACCAUCAGUUACGGUUUAUCAAACAUACAGAUCUACCUAAGGUCAAUCAUGAACAAGAGCUGUCAGUGGACUGCGCGCUCGACUAUGCUCAGUGCUUGAUGGGAUAAUAUAAGCAAUGAGUAAAACUUUGACAUUACAAUAAGCAUAUUCUAAGUCAAAAAGGGGCCAUAAUUCAGUCAAAAUGCUUGAAAGAAUUGCCUCCUCCUUUUUACAGACUGUCGAAUAGUCGAGCUAAAAAAAGUUGUGUGUACAAAUGUACACCAUUCACAAACAAAAGCAGUCUAAUAGCAGUGUGCUUGACUAUUUGAGACCCUCCCACACAACACUUGCUUACAUUCAACAGCUUUAUCAAAUUUUUCUUUAAAAUACGGCAUCAUUCUGUAAACUGUCAAUAGGCAAUAAGUAAAUCUGAUCUACAAUGGUCAUUUCGCAAUAUUGAAGACUAUUGAAGAGUUUUAGUUGAAAGUCUGGAGAAUUUAAAAGGAUUCAGUACAAUGGUUAAACCAAUGAAAAUUAUUGCAUUUCCAGUAACAUGUUGGAAUAAAUUAGGGUAGGUAGGAAGGAAAAAUAUUCAAUUUUCAAAAAUGAUUUCAUUUUGCUAAACUGAACUAUAGCAGGGAUAGAGGACUUCUAUACUGUUAUCAUUCAGAAAGGAUAUAACAGCUCUGACAGGACAUUUUUGAAUUGAUAUGCCUGCAAUGUCAUUUCAAAUUUUAACACUUUCUCAACUUUAUUAAUAUGAAGAUAAACCAAACAAGUAAAUUCGAUGAAUUGGUAUCCCCAGCCGAAAGGGUUUGUGGUGAGGAAUGGCAAAAAAAUAUAUCCGGCAAAAAGUUAAGGAUGUUAAUAAGAAGCAAAUAAUUUCAUUAGUCAAAAUCAAUUUAACAGAAAACAAAUGUUUAACAAAAGAGUACAUAAUAAAUGUAUGAUACUUUGAUCCUGACUAAAGAAUUUAUUUUGAAUGGGAUAUGCUUACUGUAGUAAGCUUAGCUUUUAAAAUUAAAUGCAGUUAAUUGAAAUGUGAGCUUGAAGUUUAACUGGAAUGAAAUAUUGUCUUUGAGUGGUUUGGCACCAGGUGUUGCUGUUUAACAUGUACAUUUGAACUUAAAAGAACAGAAUGAUGUUCUUAAGAGAACACAGGUAAGAUAUAUUGAAUAUGGCUGAGGACAAGGUUUGUGCAGUCACAACUUAAUAUAUAUAUUUUUUAAGGGGUCGGUGCGGGGGAACGGGAGAGGAAACAAAAUUUCACAUGUUGAUUAUAAAUAUUGAUGGAAAA